UCUGCUAAAACGCAGUAUUAUUUAUUUGCCGAGACGUAUAGCAACGAAGCUGCGAGUUUCUGUAUGUCAUUGCUGCCCAUAUUCCAAUGCCCAUCUGUGAGGGCGAGCGACGUCGAAUAAAAGAAAAAAAAUCCAUACAAUCGAGAGGCGCCAGCCCGCCUGCGCGCAACAACCCCCCUUAGCGCCGCCAGCCACCCACCCGCAAUCCUACGCAGACGCGCCAGUUGCAUUGCUGCUGCUGUUCAAGUACUCGCGGUGGAUAAAGCUGCCCGAUAUACAGUGAUAAUGUCGGUGCAGUGAAGUUGUGAGCCUGUGAGUGUGUGCAUGUGUGUGCAUGUGUGCGCGCGUACCACCACCCCCCAAACCACCCCUUCCAGUCUUGUUGCACUUUCAAGAGCACGUCCGUCGAAAUUGACGAUCAAGGUUGCGCGCCCGCGUGUACUUUAUACAGACACGUUUUCAGCGCAGCGAGCUUAAGGCCAAAUAUUCAUCAUGUGAUCCAAAGCUCGCACAGUCUCGUCUCUCCACUCCCACUGAAGAUUGCAUCGGUGUCCUCGGCGUAGCGCGACGUAACGUGCCAGCGAAUAUACGGCGAGAUAUUACGUGCACACACAUCGCAGACUGCACGUCGGAAGAGAGAGAGAAAGAGAGUUGAGUUGACUCGGAGCACACGUGCCCAGCGGAGCUUCGUGCGAGUGCGGAGAAAGAGAUCGAUGAAGCAGCUACUUCAAGGAUUAUCGUCUUCGCCCUUUUUAUCUGCAUCUUAAUAACUUCUUAUUCUUCUGUCUCUUCUGCUAAUCAGUCAAUAUUGAUUCUAUCAACAUGUCUGUUAAAGAUACAAUCAAAGGUUUUGAACAUCCGAUUGCCAUGGCUUUUGGAAAUCCAAUUUUGGAUACUAUAUUGACCACCGAUGAUAAUGAUCUUUUAAAUAAGUACAAUUUCAAAGUUGAUGGACAAACAGAAUUAGACGAUAAAGAGAUGGAACAGCUUUUUGCAGAUUUACCAGAAGAAUCAAAGAGAAUAACCAGUGCAGGUGGAUGUGCUCAGAAUACUAUGAGAUUGUUGCAGCAAUUGUGUGGAGAAAAAGAUGGUCCACAGUUGUGUGUUUAUUAUGGUGGCCUUGGAAAUGAUGUUGUUGGUGAAACUUUAAAAGAAGUUGUUAAAUCUGCAAAUGUUGAUGCAAGGUAUGCUAUUCACCCAACUUUACCUACCGGAGUCUGCAUAUCUAUAACAAAUGACACAUGCAGAAGCCUUGCAGUCAAUUUAGGAGCUUCUGCUGUUUACACUUUAGAUAAUCUGAGAGAAACAGAAUUACCUCUAGACACUGUUCGAGUAGCUUAUAUCGAAGGAUUCUUUAUUACACAUAGUUUGGAUGUGGCUAAAGAAGUUGUAAGACAAGCUCAAGGAAAAAAUGUUGUUAUAGCUUUUAAUUUAAGUGGUACAUACAUUUUUGAGAAACACCAUGCAGCUAUAUGUGAAAUGGUUGGAUUAUCAAAGAUUGUAUUUGGCAAUGUCAAAGAAAUGAUAGCAUUGGCUAAUCUUUUAGAUCUUAAAUUUGAAACACCGACAGAUAUUCCCUUCCUCCUUAAUAACUUGAAAGGUGUCACAGUUAAUGCAUCCAAUUCUUUCAGCAGUGAGUGGCUUAUGAGUGAUAGUAUAUUUGUUAUGACUCAAGGUGGUAUGGACCCUGCAAUAGUAGUUUGGGGACAUGGUGAUUCAGCACAGGUUGCUCCAUGCAUACCACCUACUCCUGUAAAAGAUACCACAGGAGCUGGUGAUUCUUUAGUAGCUGGAUUUUUAGCUGGUUUGUUGUGUGAUAAAGAUCCAAAAACAUGCUUGGAAUGGGGUUGCAAAGUAGCAUCUGAUGUAAUAACUAAUUUAGGUGCUACAUUAUCUGAUGACCUUCCAGAUGAUUUUUUACAAUAACGAUGAAAAUGCAUCGACUCGUUAAUAAAAUAGUUUAAUUUAUCAUUCAUUCGUCUUGUAAAUGUAAUGAUGAAUUUGCUUUUGCAAUAACACAUAAUUCGAAAACAAUACAUACUUAGAUGAAAUUAGGUAAAUUUAUUUAUCAGACUGAUAAAUUGAACAAUGAAUGAAUGGCUAAUUGACUUAUAUAGCUCGUUUAUUAAGAGCAAUGAAUUAUUAAAGAAAAUUUAAUAAUUUGAAAAAAUAACUCUACUUUUAGAGUAGAUAUAAAAAUUGAUAGUUUAUUGAUCUUAAAGUUGUUGAAGCUAUAAUAAUAAUAGUACAAAUAAAGACAAUGUUUGUGUGUUCCUUACUAAGUCAACUGUUGGGAAGUGUGAUGAGCAGCAAUAUCAUUAAAAAUUUUUUUUUCAUCCUGCCUUGAAAGUUCAGAUCUGACAAAGUACAAAGCAAAAUUAUAUUUGAUUGAUUUUUAUUAAGAAAUCUAAUUGGAAAUUUUUGAAUGUUACUACGUAAUUAGAAAAAUCUAGCAUUCCUCAAUGUUAAAAGAUAAAAUGUAGUAAAUGCAUUUUUUUGAAAUUAAAAUUAGAUUUUAAUUCAAUGAGUGUUAGAAUAUCUAAAAGAUUUUCUAGCAAAGUACUUAUAAAAAAAUAUAUGUGCUUGCAUGUACAAUUAUAUUAUACAUAAUUUGAAAAAUAAGCACGUAUCAAAUAUGUAACUUUGUUUUAUGUUUGAUCAGCAUAUUUUAAAAUAUAUUCGCACUGAAAGUUGAAAGCUAUAAUUGUGCUUAAGAAAAAUAAUUUUCCAUAUUCUUAAAAUUAAGAAUUAAGGAUAAUUUUUAUUAUUUAUAAAAAAAAAUCAAACUUGGUUGUGUCUUUGUUAUCUAGUCUAUAAUUAUAGGAUUACAUUAUUAAUGUAAUCAUUAUUAUUAUUGUUGUUGUAAUUAUUAUUAUUGUUAUUAGAAAAUUAUGGAUGCCUUGAUGAUAAUUUAUUGAAACAAAUUGUACUAUAUGAAUAUAUUAUGCUAAAUAUACAUUUAGUGUGUAAUACAAUUGUAACACUUAUAUUUUUGUCUUAAAAGGAUGUUGCUAUUUUUUGUGAUUUAUAUGUGAUUCGCCGAAUAAAAAAAAGCGUAAUUCUUAUGUAAAUAUUUACAAAAACACAAUUAUAUGAAAAUUGUAUUGUUUAAAAGUAUCAGUCUAUGAUUGCAAUGAAUAAAAGAAAUUAUAUUUAUAAUCGGUUCAUGUUUAUUUUAGUUUGUUUAAAUCUUAAUAUUUGUUUAAUAUAAACUUUUUCUUACACUAAUCCUUUAUUAUAUUAGUGGACUAGCAUAAAUCAAAUUCUACAUUUAUUUUAAGUCACAUGUAUUGUUUCAAAAAGUAUUAGUUAAACAUAAUAACAAACUAAUUAUGUUUAUCAUAAUGCUAAACUAAUGUGAGAUAAAUAAUUAUGUGUGAAAGACUACUCCAUGUAUUUAAUUACAAAAUAAUAUCAUCUAUAUUUUCAUGAAAUAUAAGGGUUUCUAUUAUUAUGAAUCGAUUACUGAACAGGCAUUGUAGAAUGACAUAAUAAUAUUUGUUACUCACAAGAUGCAAUUUAUCCUAUCAUUACAAUAAUUUUUUUUCUCAAGUUUUUUAUCUGCAAAAAAACUUUCAUUUUUAAAGAAUUGGUAAAUUGAGUUAAUAAACAACCAUGUUUUUUAUAAAAGAUAAAAGAAAGUUAUUGUUUACCUUAAAGUACUGUACAACCCACUUAAUUUUAAAAAAAGAAUAUGUUAAAAAACAA